UGAUGGUGGCAUGAAGAUCGUUUGCUACUACACGAAUUGGUCGCAGUAUCGCGUGAAGAUCGGCAAGUUCGUGCCCGAAGAUAUACCAGCAGAUUUGUGUACACACAUCAUUUUCGCCUUUGGUUGGUUGAAGAAGGGUAAAUUGAGCUCGUACGAGUCGAAUGAUGAGACAAAGGAUACCGUGCCCGGCCUCUAUGAUCGUAUGAUGACGCUAAAGAAAGUUAAUCCAAAAUUGAAGAUCUUGCUUGCUCUGGGCGGUUGGUCUUUCGGCACACAAAAGUUCAAGGAGAUGUCUGCUACACGUUACACACGUCAGACUUUCAUCUACUCAGCUAUACCUUUCUUGCGUAAACGUGGUUUCGAUGGUUUAGAUAUGGAUUGGGAGUACCCGAAGGGUUCAGAUGAUAAGAAAAACUUUGUGUUGUUGUUGAAGGAAUUGCGUGAAGCCUUCGAAGCCGAGGCACAAGAAUUGAAGAAACAACGUUUACUGCUCUCUGCAGCCGUACCAGUCGGUCCCGAUAAUGUGCGCGGUGGUUAUGAUGUGCCAGCGGUAGCCAGCUACUUGGACUUUAUAAAUUUGAUGGCUUACGAUUUCCACGGCAAAUGGGAGCGUGAAACAGGACACAAUGCACCGUUAUAUGCGCCAUCAACUGACUCGGAAUGGCGUAAACAAUUGUCGGUGGACAAUGCGGCUACCAUGUGGGUCAAAAUGGGUGCGCCGAAGGAGAAGCUUGUGAUCGGUAUGCCAACAUAUGGACGCUCAUUUACUUUGGCAAAUACUGAAAAACAUGGACCGAAUGCGCCGGCAACCGGUGGUGGGCGCGAAGGUGUGUACACCAAGGAGAGUGGUUUUCUUGCCUACUAUGAAAUCUGUGAGAUGCUUUUGAAUGGCGCCGUCUACGUUUGGGAUGAAGAGAUGAAAGUGCCCUACAUGGUUGAUGGUGAUCAGUGGGUCGGUUUUGAUGACGAACGCGCUAUCCGCAACAAAAUGCAUUGGAUCAAAUCGAACGGUUUCGGUGGCGCUAUGGUGUGGACCAUUGAUAUGGAUGAUUUCAAGGGUGAGGUAUGUGGAGGAAAUGUCAAAUACCCAUUGAUCGGCGCAAUGCGUGAAGAACUGCUGGGUAUUUCUCGCGGCAAAGAGGCGAAGGAUGUUAACUGGACCGCCGUAGCGGCAACGUUCGAGGACUUAGAAGAAGAAGAGGAGAAACCCGCGCCGAUUAAGAUUGAUGUAGAGGAAUUGCUCAGCAAAGUGCGCAAACCGUCGAAGAAACAUCGCAUCAAGUCGGGUCUGGUGGCUAAAGAACAAAACACACGACCCGCGCAAGUCUUCUGCUACCUGACAAGUUGGUCUGCCAAACGACCUGGUGCUGGCAAGUUCCUGCCCUCAAAUGUUGAUCCAAAACUCUGCACGCAUGUCGUUUACGCCUUUGCCACACUCAAAGACCACAAGCUCAGUGAAGCUACUGACGAUGAUCCCGAAAACUACGAACAGGUUAUCGCUUUGCGCGAGGAGAACCCAGACAUACAAAUACUAUUGGCCAUCGGUGGUUGGGCCUUCGGUUCGAAACCAUUCAAAGAGCUCACCUCCAAUGUUUUCCGUAUGAACCAAUUCGUUUAUGAGGCUAUCGAUUUCUUACGUGACUACAAAUUCAAUGGACUCGAUGUAGACUGGGAAUACCCACGUGGUGCUGAAGAUCGUGCUGCCUACGUGAAUCUGUUGCGUGAGUUACGUGUCGCAUUCGAAGGUGAGGCUAAAUCUUCGGGACAACCGCGUCUGCUUCUGACCGCCGCAGUACCAGCCUCAUUCGAAGCUAUCGCAGCCGGUUAUGAUGUGCCAGAGAUUUCGAAAUAUCUCGAUUUCAUCAAUGUAAUGACUUAUGACUUCCACGGCCAAUGGGAACGCACUGUCGGACACAACUCGCCACUCUUCCCCUUGGAAGCGACAACGGGUUAUCAAAAGAAAUUGACAGUGGACUACAGUGCACGCGAAUGGGUGAAACAAGGUGCGCCCAAAGAGAAGCUGCUCAUCGGCAUGCCCACAUAUGGACGCUCCUUUGAGCUGGUCAACGAGACACAAUUCGACAUUGGUGCGCCGGCGUCCGGUGGCGGCAAAGCAGGCAAAUUCACGAACGAGGCCGGCUUCUUGAGCUACUACGAGGUGUGUUCAUUCUUGGCAGCGGACAAUACAACGCUGGUGUGGGAUUCCGAACAGCAAGUGCCUUUCGCAUAUCGUGGCAACCAAUGGGUUGGCUUCGACGAUGAGCGCUCGCUAAAGACCAAGAUGGAAUGGUUGAAGGAGCAAGGUUUCGGUGGCAUAAUGGUUUGGUCCAUAGACAUGGAUGAUUUCUCGGGACGUUGCGGUGCUGGCAAGUAUCCGCUUUUGACCGCGCUCAGCGACGAAUUGAAAGAAUACAAAGUCGAAUUGGAGUAUGAGGGUCCAUAUGAGUCGCACGGACCACGCGGCGCCUACACGACAAAAGAUCCACAUGAUGUGACCUGCGAAGAGGAGGAUGGCCACAUAAGCUAUCACAAAGAUUGGAACGACUGCACUCACUACUACAUGUGCGAAGGUGAACGCAAGCACCACAUGCCAUGUCCUGCCAACUUAGUUUUCAACCCACAAGAGAAUGUAUGCGAUUGGCCCGAGAAUGUGGAGGGCUGCCACCAGCCGACUGAAGCGCCUGCCUAAACCACUAAAUCCGCUUUGCCGUCCGCAAACAUACAUACAUACUCGUUUAUUGUCUACUAACUUAGAACAAAACGUAUAAAUUUCGAAUAUAAUGUGAGAAAAAGUGCAGCGAAAUCGAAGCACUCAAACUUAUGAACUUAUGAAACACUUGUUAAUACUUUUUGUUCUUUUGCUCACACCUAUACAUACUUAUUUUUGCUACUUAGUAUGUAGUUGUUAAUUAUAAAUUUUUGCGUAUGCUUCAAGUGUAACUGCCAAUCUAUGAACUAAAUGCCCAAUUUUUUCAUAACCUCACUUUUGAAUUAAUACAAAAAUUUCCGAACGAAAGAAGGAAUAUGGAUCAAAAACUGCUCCAAACAAAUGCACAUCGAGGCAAAUUGCAAACAAAUCGAAAUUGUUAACGAAUUUGCAUAGUUUCUUUUCAUUAUUUUUUAUUACUUUAUAUAUUAUAAUUAAAAUGAAAUUGCUCCUUUCGAACGUGUUAAAUGU